AUGGAAUUCUCGACAUCCCUGUUGUCUUACACGCCGAAGGCGGAAUGCCCCCGCGCCCCGACAACGACUCCAAAAAGAACUGCCAAGAUGCCACAGCACUUUGGCUCACAGGGUCUACUGCUAAACGUGUUUCGACCUCCUGAGGACCUUCCGGUGUCUCUCCGAUCCAACCCACGAUGGUCCGGGACGGGAUUGGAUUGGGAUGCUCCGAGUCUACAUAAAAGGCGGUUUGAACUGCAGUAA